AUGGACGAUCCACCUGAGAACCGCAGGGGGAGGAUGAUAUAUAUCCUGCUCAGCGUGCUUUUCUUUGCGCUUUUGCUGCUUGGGCUGGUGUUUUUCUAUGUGAUGCUGAAAUACCGCGAGAGGAACCACCAGCGUCGGCUUCGGGAGCUGCAGCAACAGGGUGGAGGGGAGAAUCGUGAUGGUCUCGGCCUGAGGCCUCUACCGCGAGCAGCUGUGCCUGGUCAGCCCGGAAGCGCGGCCAAGGUCAUGAAAAUCGAGGAAGUGAAUGAUCGGUUUCCAGAGACUGAAUAUGGACUGGUAAAGCGGAACAUGCCUACACGCCCAGAAAAAGUGGGUGACGGUGUACCUGAGAUGCCCCCUGAGCCUGGCAAAGACGAUGCGGCACCCAUCACGGAUACUCAACCAGGGAUGGCACAUGAAAGUUCGCGGGAUACGCAUAUGGAGCCUGGGCUGCUCGAGAAUCAAGUGGAAAGCCAUACCAAUCUAUUCGACUACUGCGCAAUCUGCCUGGACGUCCUCAAAGAUGACAGCAUCGUUAGAAACUUGACAUGCCACCAUAUAUUCCACUCAACCUGCAUUGACCCUUGGCUUACUGGGCGAACUGCGCGGUGUCCAAUUUGCAAGACUGAUAUGGCCUGA